AUGGAGGCUCUUAGCUCUACCAAGCUUCCCUUCUCAUUGCCUUGCUGCUUGGUGCUGCUGUGUAUUGCAACCACGUUGUUGAACCCAGUUUCCGCCACUGAAGUUUGUAAAUUUCCAGCCAUCUUUAACUUUGGUGAUUCUAACUCCGAUACUGGUGGCUUCGCUGCUUCACUUGAAGCACUGGCCCCACCAUAUGGUGAGACAUAUUUUCACAGACCCGCAGGAAGGUUAUCUGAUGGCCGUCUCGUAAUUGAUUUCAUAGCUCAAAAUUUUGGACUCCCUUAUCUCAGUGCGUAUCUUGAUUCUCUUGGGACGAACUUCACACAUGGAGCAAAUUUUGCAACAGCAGCAUCGACGAUCACACUUCCCCCUAGCAUCAUACCAACAGGGGGUGGUUUCAGUCCCUUUUACCUUAAUAUCCAGUACUCUCAGUUCAAAGAAUUCAUACCCAGAUCACAAUUUAUUCGACACCAAGGAGGAAUAUUCACAACUCUGAUGCCCAAAGAAAAGUAUUUUGCUGAAGCUUUAUACACAUUCGACAUCGGUCAGAAUGACCUGGGCGCUGGCUUUUUUGGUAAUAAAACUGUAGAACAAGUCAAUGCUUCCGUACCUGAUAUGAUCAAUGCUUUCUCAACCAAUCUUACGAGCAUAUACAAUUUGGGAGCUAGGUCGUUCUGGAUACACAAUACAGGACCCAUUGGAUGCCUCCCUUACAUUUUAGCCAACUUUUUAUCUGCUGAAAGGGAUGCAUUUGGUUGUGCAAAGCGUUAUAACGAAGUAGCCCAACAUUUCAACUACAAGUUGAAGCAGGCAACAUUUCAACUUCGAAAAGACCUCCCCCUAGCUGCAAUCACAUACGUAGAUAUUUACUCUGCCAAAUAUUCUCUGUUCAGCAACCCAAAGAAAUACGGAUUUGAGAAGCCACUGGUGGCAUGUUGUGGAUAUGGAGGGCCGUACAACUUUGGCAGUGUUAUAUGUGGAGGCACGGUUACUGCGAAUGGCACUGACAUUUUUGUGGGAUCGUGUGAAACACCAUCAACUCGAGUGAAUUGGGAUGGAGUUCAUUACACAGAGGCAGCAAACAAAGUCAUCUUUGAUCUAAUCUCAAGCGGGGCUUUCUCAGAUCCACCCAUUCCCCUGAACAUGGCAUGUUACAGAAAUGCUUCGGUGGUGACCUAUCCCUCUUUAGCUGCAGGUCGCUUCGUCCGUACCACUCCUAAGCUUCCCUUCUCAUUGCCUUAUUGUUUGGUGCUUUUUUGUAUCACAACCACCUUGUUGAACCAAGUUCAGGCCACUAAAGUUUGUAGAUUUCCAGCCAUCUUCAACUUUGGUGACUCCAACUCCGAUACUGGUGGCUUUGAUGCUUCUUUAUUUGAACUAACACUACCUUAUGGUCAGACCUAUUUUCAUAGACCAGCAGGAAGGGGUUCUGAUGGCCGUCUCAUCAUCGAUUUCAUAGCUCAAAGUUUUGGACUUCCCUAUCUUAGUGCAUAUCUUGAUUCUCUGGAGGCUAACUUUACGCACGGAGCAAACUUCGCAGCAGUGGCAUCAACGAUCUUACCUCCACCUAGUGUUAUGCCCGUGGGUCGUUUCAGUCCUUUCUACCUUGAUAUGCAAUACUCUCAGUUCAAAAGAUUCAUUCCCAGAACGCAAUUUAUCAGCCAACAGGGAGGAGUAUUUGCAAGCCUGGUGCCUAAAGAAGAGUAUUUUGGUCAAGCUUUGUACACAUUCGAUAUCGGUCAAAAUGAUCUUAACGCUGGCGUUUUUACUAACAAGACUGUGGAGCAGAUUAAUGCUUCCAUCCCCGAAAUAAUCAGUGCUUUCUCAACAAAUGUCAAGAACAUAUACAAUUUGGGAGGUAGAUCGUAUUGGAUUCACAAUACAGGACCUUUUGGAUGUCUCCCUGAUACUUUGACCAAAUUCUCAUCUAUUGAAAAAGAUGCGUCGGGUUGUGCAAAGUCAUAUAAUGAACUAGCUCAAAACUUCAAUCACAAGUUGAAGGAAGCCGUAGUUCAACUUCGAAAGGACCUCCCUUUAGCUGCCAUCACAUACGUAGAUGUCUACUCCGUCAAGUAUUCUCUGAUCAGCGAUGCGCAGAAAUAUGGUUUCGAGAAACCACUUGUGGCAUGUUGUGGAUAUGGGGGGGAGUACAACCACGGCGAUGUUAGGUGUGGAAACACAGUGACUGUGAAUGGUACUGAGAUUUUUGUGGGAUCAUGUGAAAACCCAUCAACUCGAAUAAGUUGGGACGGAGUUCAUUACACAGAGGCAGCUAACAAAGUCGUCUUUGAACAAAUCUCAAGUGGGGCUUUCUCAGAUCCCCCCCUUCCCUUGAACAAGGCAUGUUACAGAAAUUUACACCAUAUAAUUGCCCCAAGUUUCCUUAUCAUCUCUAUAUGCUUUUGGCCAAUGGAGUCUCUUUACAACACCAAGUUUGUGAUCUCAUUCCUUCGUUGCUUGGUGAUUUUAUGUAUUGCUAGCACGUUACUGAGCCCCGUUUUUGCAACUAAAGUGUGUGAAUUUCCAGCCAUCUUUAACUUCGGUGAUUCUAACUCCGAUACUGGAGGCUUGGCUGCUUCACUUGAAGCACCGACCCCACCGUAUGGGGAGACAUAUUUUCACAGACCCGCAGGAAGGUUCUCUGACGGUCGUCUUGUCAUUGAUUUCAUAGCCCAAAAUUUUGGACUCCCUUAUCUCAGUGCGUAUCUUGAUUCUCUCGGGACCAACUUUACGCAUGGAGCAAAUUUUGCAACAGCAGCAUCGACGAUCACGCUUCCACCUAGCAUCAUACCAGGGGGUGGUUUCAGUCCCUUUUACCUUAACAUCCAGUACUUUCAAUUCAACGAGUUCAUACCCAGAACACAAUUUAUUCGACGUCAAGGAGGAAUAUUCGCAAACCUGAUGCCCAAAGAAAAGUAUUUUGCUGAAGCUCUAUACACAUUUGAUAUCGGUCAAAAUGAUCUGGGGGCUGGCUUUUUCAAUAACAAAACCGUAGAACAAGUCAAAGCUUCCAUACCUGAUAUAAUCAAUACUUUCUCAACCAAUCUCACGAGCAUAUACAAUUUGGGAGCUAGGUCGUUCUGGAUACAUAAUACAGGACCCAUUGGAUGCCUCCCUUACAUUUUGGCCAACUUUUUAUCUGCUGAAAGGGAUGCAUUUGGUUGUGCAAAGCCUUAUAACGAAGUAGCUCAAUACUUCAACUACAAGUUGAAGGAAGCAACAGUUCAACUUCGAAAAGACCUCCCACUAGCUGCAAUCACAUAUGUAGAUAUUUAUUCUGUCAAAUAUUCUCUGUUCAGCAACCCAAAGAAAUACGGAUUCGAGAAGCCACUGGUGGCAUGUUGUGGCUAUGGAGGAGAGUACAACUUCGGGAGUGUUCUGUGCGGAGGCAAAGUUACUGUGAAUGGCACUGACAUUUUUGUGGGAUCGUGUGAAACACCAUCAACUCGAGUGAAUUGGGAUGGAAUUCAUUACACGGAAGCAGCAAACAAAGUCGUCUUUGAUCAAAUCUCAAGCGGGGCUUUCUCAGAUCCACCCCUUCCCCUGAACAAGGCAUGUUACAGAAAUGCGUAGGUUAUGACCUAUUGCUCUUUAACUGCCACUGACUUCGUCCAUAUGUAUUACAAUAAACUGUAUUCUUCAGUGCAGGCCGCACUCAGAUAGCGGCACUCAUUAUUCACUAUUUCAUAAGCUAUAUGCGGAUCCUCACGUUUGGUUGCA